CACACACAGCGAGAAUUAGAGAAGGCGCCCAAAACCCAGAGUCACAGAAACUGCGAAAUAGCUUUUCAACCCCCAAUGACCCUUUGAUCCUAUAAAGGUAUUGGCAAAAUCUGUGGGUAAUGGACCUUCGUCCCAGACCGGGAAAACCUUUCUCUGGUUUUACUGAUGCUGAGAUUGAGAAAAUGGAGAAAGAACUUAAUCAAUCAGGAGAACAAGUUUGUGACCAAGAGUUUUGCCAGAAAUUGGCACAGGUUUUCAGCCACUCUAAAGGUCGUGCAGGAAAACCGAUUGUGAAAUGGACUGAGGUCCAAACUUGGUUCCAGAACAGACAGCAAAGCUCUCUCUCAAAGGAUAAUUCAGCAGAGACCAAGAGGAAACUCCCUGAUGUGACCGAAGAAUGUGUUUUAGAUAAAGCUAAUCAAAGAUUUCAUAUGCCUGAAGGGAAAAAGGUUCCAGAUUUGUCAGAGUUAGAAUUUGAGGCUAGGUCUUCAACAGAUGGGGCAUGGUAUGAUGUUGAUACAUUUAUCUCACACCGGUAUCUCAGCUCAGGAGAACCUGAAGUUCUUGUGAGAUUUGCGGGAUUUGGAUCAGAGGAGGACGAGUGGAUAAACGUAAGAAAGUCGGUCCGGGAACGAUCUGUACCACUUGAGAGUUCAGAAUGUAACAAAGUCAGGGUUGGGGAUCCUGUUUUGUGCUUCCAGGAGAGGAAGGACCAAGCUAGAUAUGUUGAAGCACGUGUUAUAGAUAUUCAAAAGAAAUUUCAUGAUAUAAGGGGUUGUAGAUGUCUCUUUGUGAUUCAAUAUGAUCAUGAUAACACAGAGGAAAUUGUUCAUUUGAGGAGAUUGUGUUUCCGGCCAAGCGUAUUAGGACGUCUGUGCCAGAUUUAGGUUUUGUGUAUAAUCAUUGCAGCCCAACAUGUUUUGCCUUUGGACGAUGCACAGUUUUGUUACCUUCAUUUGGCCAGUUGAUGCAGUAGGUUUAAUGCAGCUUAUUUUGCUUCUUGUGGCCCAUAUUUAAUCUAGACCAAUAUGCUAAAGGCAUAAUUUUGCUGAAAAUUCCAUAUGCCUAUCUAUAUAUCUAUAUAUAUAUAUAUAUAUAUAUAAAAGAGGGACAUGAAGGAGGGGAUGUGGCAUCUCAAUAGUGUAGGAAUCCUCUUUAUCUUUUUCCUCAUUUUUUUUAGUUUUUUCUUUCA